UUGACAUUUUUAAAGAUAAAAUAGGGUAACAAAAGAAAAAUAAAAGCGAAUAUAACUGAAAAUAUAAACUAUAUUACUUAUUUCUAUUAAGAAAAAUAUUAGGAUAUUUAGAUAGUGCUGAAGACAAUGAGAUAUUAUAUAUACUUAAAAUUUCAUGGGAUAUAAGAUCCAAUAGUCAUUAUUAUUGUCAUCUGAAUUACAAAUUAUAAAGUUAAAUACUUCUUUAUAUACCUAGUAACAACCAUGAACACACUUGUUAUCUGAAACGAAGAGAUCAGAUAUCACAUUAGGGAACUCAUUCUGUUCAUUAUGCAUUUCCAAGAAUUUACAACAUAAUCUUUUUUACACUGUAUUAUAUUUUACCUAAGUACAAUUACAUAUAAAUUAAAUAAGUACACAUCUCACUAUAUACAAAAUUAUAUGUGUUUCAAAUUUUCGGAUAUAACUUACUACUUAUAUAAUUUAUUGAAUAAUAUUUAAUCAAGGAAAACUAACCAGCAGAUUCUUUAUAAAUAAAUUAGUAAUAUUUUCUUGACUUACUUACAUACUUACGCCUGUAACGCCUCGUGGAGGAGCAUAGGCCGUACACCAGCAUUCUCCUUCCAACCCUGUCCUGAAUAACCAUAUUGAAUGAAAGAUUAAAUGUAAACUCAACAAACAUUAGUUGAUUUUCAAGUGAAGAACAACAAAAUGUUUUUUGCACUGUCCACUUCAAUGGGGAUAUUCAUUUAUAUUUUAUUUUUAUUUGGUGGACUUAUAUCUCAAAGAAUUUCUUCUCUACCUAAAUCUUCAUCCGCUUUUGUUGAUCAAUCUGGUCCAUGUACGCCUGAAGAGGAAGCAAAGAAUUCACAAUGUCUACGAGAAUUACCAGCUGAACGAUAUGAAGUGCUUGAAGGUGAAACAGUUUUGAUGCGUUGUCGUGUAGCCAAUCAAAGGGGAAAAGCACAGUGGCGUGCCAGAAACUUUUUAUUAGGUUACAAAAGAAAUAUUCCAGAUUGGCCAAGAUAUUCGUUACAAGGUGAUUCAGGUCAAGGUGUACAUGAUUUAUUAAUUCAAAAUGUUAGUCGCGAAGACGCUGGAGUAUAUGAAUGUCAGGUUUCACCUGUUGCUGGACAAAAUCCACUUAGACGUCAAACUCUAUUAGUUAUAUUAGUGAAGCCAAAAAUACCCACUAUUGUAACUUUACCGGGUGUACCACAACCAUCAACCAAUGGACAAUUGAUUGUAGCUUUUGAUUCCAAUAAAACUAAUACCAUGAAUAACAACCCAUUGAAACUAAUCUGUCAAGCGAAAGGCGGUUAUCCUACACCAAAGUUUGAAUGGUUUCAUAAUGGAAAUCUUAUUUCAGCAUCAAAAGAUUCAGAUGAAUUACAGGAUGUCAAUGAAGAAAUAUAUUCACAAAAAAUAACUAAAGAUCAGUUUGAAUUGGAAAUUGAUAAAACGAAACUUUCUACUCGAGAUCGUAUAGUGUGCUUAGUCAGCAACAAAGCAACAAUGCGUUCAAAUCACCUAUAUGAACAAAAGCUUAGAGCUGAAAUUAUUAUUGUUAUCCACUCUUUACCCGGUGAUCCAGAAAUAAUUGACUGGGAUAAAUUCACAAAUGAAUCUACAAGUUUAUUUGUUGGUUCAACGUUUGAAGUUACAUGUAGAGUGACUCCACCUGGAAAUCCUCCUGGUCAAGUUGUAUGGCGCUUUGAAAAUCCUUAUUCUAGUAUGAACCUAGAUCAAUUGACCGCUUUUGGAACUGAUUUUAAAAUCCCAUCAAUAAAGAAUGUUAUUUCUAUUUCAAAUGAAAAUGUAAUCAACCAGAUUACAGAUGAAAAAAUCUUGAGCCGACUGAAAAUUACAAAUCUUAAUUCAACAAUGCAUGGUUUAGACUUGGUGUGUGCUGUUCGACAUCAAGUUGGCCCAGAGAAGACAACAAAGAAACGAAUCUUAAUUCAACAUGGUCCUCAUCAUGUCAAUAUACAAGGUCCUUAUGAAAGAAUGAUAGAACUGAAACAAAAAGUAACUGUUUAUAAUAAAUUAGAGAGAACAGAUAAUAAAAGCACAGUGACCACUGUAAUAAAUAAACAAAAACUAUAUGUUUAUUUAGACAGACCACAAUAUUUAUUAUGUGUUACUGAUGAAUAUUAUGGACAAGUUGAGAUUAAAUGGCGGGGUAAAUUACAUAACAGUGAAAAUUGGGAAGUAAUCACUCCAGUCGAAUCAUUUCCAUGUAACGAACCUGAUGCGUUACACAAUUUCAAUAUCAUUCAAGCAUCAGUUAUACAACUGAUUACAACAAAUCAAAAACGAAAUGCUCUAUUAUGGACAGAAAUAGAAUGCAGUGCUCUACCAAGUUAUUUCAGAGAAGAAAAUAGAAAAAUUAUAUCGAACCAGGUCAAUCUGGAAAUGUAUACCAUCCCUCGCAUCCCGAUAAUUACAGGGUAUAAAGAAGGCACGCUGUUGGCAGAUGGAACUAUACUUACGCUUCACUGCACAGGAGAGCAAGGAAAUCCUCCAGGAAAACUAGUUUGGACUCAAGUAUUAAAAGGUACCAAUGAAAGUGAACUAAUUGAUGAGUCAAAUAUUAUUCAACAAAAUCAAUCGAACAAAUAUCCUGAUGGAAUGAUUUACUCAAUAUUAAAUAUUAAUCUGACAAAAUCAUAUGAUGGAGCGAUUUUUAGAUGUGGAACUGUGAAUCCUGGUUACGGAUAUUCGGAUACACAAUUCAGUUUACCAGUAGAAAUUGGUGUAUCCUAUUCAGCAACAGUUUUAAAUAUUAGUGUCAUAAGUGGAACUGGACGAAUGAUAACACGAUCAAAAUUACGUGAUGAACUUCAAAUUAUUUUAAGUUAUUAUAAAUCAAAAUACAAUGUUGGACAUAUUCCGAUAGUCCAAGCGAAAUCUGGUCAUUCACUUAAACUAAUGUGUCAAGUUGAAAUGUCAAAUCCAAAACCUGAAAUAGAAUGGCAACUUCAUCAUUGUCCACCUGUUCAGCUUGCAUCAUUUGUGAGAGGUAUCAACGAUACAAUCAACGAUAUGAAAUCAAAUGAUCCGUAUGACGCAUUUUUUAAAAGCUGUCAAACUAUUCACUUAACAGGUAGUAAAAUGGAAGAAACAAUAAGUGACUCUGGCAAACUUCACAUCUUAAAUAGUCAUUUGGAACUUCCUAUAAACAUAACACAUGAUGGAGAUUUACUUGAAUGUUUAAUUAGAAAAUAUCCAGUGGAAAAUAUCAACAGUUCUGUUCAUUUACAAUCAUAUGAUAACUAUGAAUUGUCUAAGCCUUAUUAUCAAAAUACACAUUCACAAGCUCUUACACUUUUAAAUUCACAUAUUUUACUUUCUAUUCAAUUUCCACCGAUAUUUUUAACUUUAACAAAACAAUUGAAUUGGCCUGUAGAAUUGAAUUCACCAAAUAAUAAUGAACAAUUUUUACCACAUUAUAUUGUGGUUGAAGGUGGAUCACUUGAUUUAGAUUUAGAGCCUAUAUCUAAUCCAUCAUUAAGUAAAACAUCUUGGUUUAGAAAUGGUAUACCACUUCCUUUAUCAAUUAAUCCAAUAAAAACAUUGUAUUCUUUUAAAAAUGAAGAAAUGAAUGAAAGUUCUAAAUCAUAUUCAAUUGAAGAUUUAAAUCAACGUUUAAUAGUAAAACCAACUAAAAUAUUUAUUCAUCCUGUUAAACGAUCAGAUAUGGCCAAUUAUACACUGAUUGCAACAAAUACUCUAGGGAGUAAAGAAUUUACAUUUUUUCUAAAUGUGACUUAUGGGCCUCAAUUGCUUGGUUCGCCUUCAGUAAAUUUGACAGUUUCUGGUAAAAAGGCUGAACUAUUUUGUCAAUCAGAAGCCAAUCCCACACCCACCACAAAUGCUGUCCGCUGGAGGCGUUUAACAAACACACUGGUUGGUUAUGACUAUGCAGAAAAUAUCUACAGAAAUUCAAUCUCUCGAUCAUCUUUUUCUACAAAGAGUCAUACUUCACAGGCUGAUUCAGCUGCUGGGAUUCAUUGUGACAAAGUUGAAUGGAAUGUUGGAUUUAAAUAUUAUGCAAAAUGUUGGUCAUCAGCUCCUGGAGUAAUGACUAGUACACUUACAAUAUACGAUUUAAGUCCAAAUGAUGUUGGGCGAUAUCAGUGUAAUAUGGAUAAUGGAAUCGGAUCGCCAGCUGUUCGUACAAUUGAUCUUACUUAUCCAUUUGCACCAAGAAUAGUACCAGUAACAAGAUGGUCAAGAGCUGCACCCAAUAUAGUUUCAAACAAGAAUAACACUAUCAGUGUUACUCAAUCAACUGUAAUUUCUGAUCAACUAGUUUCUGUAGUAGAAGGAGCUCACGCAAGGUUAACAUGUGUAAUUGCUGCAGAACCUAACCCAGAAGUACAUUGGUUGAGAGAGCCUGCUAAUUUAACAUUAAUUGAAGGAGGUCAAUUUCAUUCAAUAGUUAAAUCUAUUCGCCCAGGAUUAUAUCAUGCAAUAUUGUAUUUGAUACAACCACAAGAAGUUGAUAUGGGUCGAUACUUUUGUAAAGCAAAAAAUUUAGUUGGUGAAGAUACUGGUCGUGUAGAUUUAAUACGUCCAACUCAACCGGAUCUUCCAAGUUCACCACGUUUAUUGAAUGCAACUAGUAAAAGUUUAACAGUUUCUUGGACACAAGGAUUUAAUGGUGGUCCAGAACAAACUUUCUUGUUACAUUGGCACCCAAAUGAAGACCCAGAUCACCAUGAUAAAGUCAAUAUUAAAGAAGAUUUAGACAAUGAAGUAUUAACCUACAGUAUCACUGGCCUUCAAAAAGCUACAACAUAUCGUGUGUCAGUCAGUGCUUAUAAUACAUUAACUUCUACAACAUCGUUUACACCCUACCUUUUGGCUUCCACAACUGCAUUUGACUCGCUGUCAGGAGAAGAAGCAAUGAGGGAUGAAGCCAAAGCCAAAUCAUUAAAAAACAUUCAAAGAGGACAUUGGGAUUCAAGAUGGCGGUUAAAUUCUAAGAACUCUGAAAACUCGAUAAAUCCAGAUCCUCAAAGACGAUCAGUUCGAUCUGGUCAUGAAUUAAAUUCUCUGGAUGAUAAUGCAUUUGUGAUUAUAAUUGCAGUCUCUGUAUUCGGAUCAUUUAUUUUAAUAGCGAAUUUAUUGGUAGUAUUAUUAUUUACACGAUACAAGCGCCAAAAGAUGAAGCAGGGCGAACGUAAACCAUCUGCUGCGGGGGACCUCAUACAAAUAUACCCGGUGGAAAAUGGUUUUUCAGAAAUACACACAAAUGCACAGAAUAGUUUUCCGAUGUAUCCAGAUGAUAUGCGUUUAAAUGCCAGUUACAUGUUGCAAUCAGCACCUAAUGACCAGUUUUCGCCCUUUCAAAACGGAUGGGAACAAAUACCUUUUAAUAUUUGCCCAGAUCAAAAUUCAUCUAUUAUAAGAGGAAAUCAAAUAUUUUCAAGCUCACCUCACUCAAGCAUGAAUGCAAUGAACAUGCAAAAUUUCAACUCUCCAAAUCAUAUAGAAUUUACUAAUCGACCUUCUAGUGAUAUAUCUAUUCAACCAUCAUCUGUUUUAAUAAAUAAUGCCGACCAAACUGCAGUGGCUUAUUUAAAUCAAGAUAAUGGAACAGUAGAAGCGAUUCAAAAUAUUCAAAAUUAUCAUGACUGUUCAGAAUUUAUGCAUCCAGUAUUUCCCAAUAGUUGUUCGCCUCUGAAUUACGAUACAGAAAACAAUCUGAGAAAUAUAGAGCUCCCUACGCCUACUCACAGACGGCUUGUUACUAUAGGUAGGACCUUGACCGAAAAAAGUAACAGAACUAGGUCACCACAUUCUGGAGCAGCUUCAAGUGUUUCCACCAUCAGGUCGAAUGGACAAGGAAAUAAUAAUAGUUUAGAAAGAAGCCUAUCAACUUUUCAACGAUCUCAUCAUUCGAACUUGCUGGGUGAUUACAGACAUCUUGGUGGUGGCUUGACGUUACCUAACGGAGGCUUAGGAUUAAAUAUUAUCAGUCAGAGUCCCCAUCAGAACGGACAAUUGUUUAUAUCAAACACAAGAACUUCAGGAAACUGGAUUCAAAAUGGAAUGACUACAAGCUUUCAUGGAGGUAAUGCUCCGUCAUGGAAGCAUUAUGUCAAUCCUCAUGGAAGCGAUGAAUACACAGCAUCAGGACAACAAAUAGCAAGAAAUUCAUACAAUUCCUUUGGACAACAAUCUGUAUCACAUCUCACGAACAGUUUUGAAUUGCCCGAUGGUCAUAUUCUUAACAGCCGACAGUAUGCACAUGCCAACAAGGGUCCCGAGGUCUCACCAUCACGUUAUUAUCAGGAAUCACCAGCAAGGUAUAUGACCCAAUUGGAAAAUAAUUGGCCACAAUCAAAUCAAAACAACAAUGACUGCAGAAAUAUGAGCAUGGAGUUUCCGUCAAAUGGAUCGACUAUACCACCACCAAAUGAUUUUCAAACUGCUGGUUCCCAUAUCCCUUACAUACAAGUUAAUAGUUCCACUCCUACUGUCAAUAGACCAUAUUAUCAUAUGACAGAUGAAAAUAAGAAUAUUAUUAACCAAGAUAGUCCUGGUGCAGAUCAUUUACAAGCAAUGGACCAACGUUUAGGUAUACCCAGAAACGUUUCAGAUAAUAUGAUAACACAUCAAAAUCACGGCAACUAUUCUUCAUAUGGUUGUGUUUUAUAACAAUCUGUAUCCUAUUAUGUUACUUCUCUACAAAAUUGUACAGCAAGAUAUUUCUGUGUAUGAACUUAACUUAUACCUGCUAUUUACUAGACACUUUUGAGGAGCUGUAAAUCUAUCCGCAUUUAAUCUCUCACAGAAACUGUACAAAGAAACUAUGAAAAAUAUUUGAUCAAUAGUGACAUUAAACAGAAUCUCAUGUUAUGCAUGUGGUUUGAUUUUAUAUUUUUGAAAAUGUAUCAUUUUCCUGAUUGUUCCCCGUAAAUUAUGCUAUCUACAAGUACUUUAUGGAAAAAAACAAAUCUUGAAUCACCUUUGUAUUCUGACAUAUUUUACCAUUAAAUUCGACUUCUUAAACUAUGAAACAGUAACUGGUAAGAGUUUUACGAUAUUUCAUAUUAUUUUUCUUAUCUAUUUAAUCUCAACUUCUUGAAAAACUAUUUUAAGUUCAUACUUUUCAAAACAUUACACUAACAGAUAACGUGUCACCACAUAUAUAAAUAUAAAAAAUCAUGGAAUCCUUACUAGUUUAUAAGUGUGAUCAGAUUAAUACAAAAGAAGUAACGUUUAAAAUCAUAAUGGUACUUUAUCUAAGAGGAGGCAGAGAGAAUGACAGAGAUUUUUUCAAUGAGAGGUAUAAGAUCUACUUAAAAUUUAUGAACAGCGGUGAGAUCGUUUCAAUGACUAGCAAACAGCAUAUGAUAAACAUAAACACACUAAGGGCAUGGUAUAAUUAUAACAUGUGUGUUUCAGAGUGAUAGACUUAAUCCCUUCAUAACAAUAAGUAAGUUAAACAUUUUAUUCGUUAAAUUUGGACUUAGUGUCUCUCAACACUUUCAUCUUCAGUAUUAACCAGUGGCAAUUGUUACUGUUCAAUGCUGCUUUGCGUUUGAAGAAUACACAGCUUACCCUUUGAAGGAAACCGAGCUUAGCGAGGUUGAGUUGAUGUAUGCGAUGUGAUCUAACGAGGUUAUUGUAUCUUACUCAUAUACGGAAUUGAUAUUUUGACUUUUGGUAGCUAUUGGAAACUAUCACAAUUUUCUAUAGAAUCAGAGGAUAGACCAGUUUUAAAGAUUCAUUAUUUUCUACUUAGGAAGAAUAAAUUUAACACUGAAAUAAACCUAAAAUAAAUUAAAGAGUUACUGAUGUAGUUUUCGCAUUUACUGUAAGACUAAUAAUGAGUCACUUUGCCUUAGUAGACCAACACAAAAAUGAAACAAUUUAAGCAUUAAUAUAUUUGCUUCUUGAGAUAUAGCUCACACCCUAUGAGUACCAAAUUUCCCAAAAGACUGAGAUCAAGAAUCAUUGAGUUAAUGUAUCAAUUUCCUGUUUCAGUCUAACCAUUGUAAAUUAUAGUCUGCUUCAUAUCUGCUUCAACUAAUCUGAUGCUUAUUGAUUAGCCAUAGAUCAGUAUUUCUAUUCAGCUUAUAUAGUAAAUUUAAACAACAACAUAAAUGAAUCGAGAAGACAGUGAGCGAAAUUUUUUUCGUUUUCAGUAAAUGAAAUCUGAUGUAUACAAUAAUUCUUAUCGGUUAAAAGUGAAGCCACAAAACUGAACUUCAUACAUUAUUUAUGUAAGAUACCGAAAUUUCAACUGUGAACCGAAAUUUAUAGCUUUCUUACAAACAACAUUUCCGUAGGUCUUCAGGAAGACGUUCCUGUAAGUCAUUGAUAUGUAAAAGUGUUACUUCUUGUAAAUUAUUUCAAAUAACACGAUAUAAAGAAUAAAGUGAGUUUAUUAUGUUUCAAGGUUUUUCAUAAUCUCUAAACAGCUUUAAGUUACAACUAAUCAUAUGACCAGCAACAAACGUCUCAAAGUAAACUGAUCCAAAUUGUCAAUGAAUCCAGGAUUCAUAAAACAUUUAACGGAAUUUUUCUAAGAAAUAGGCUAAUUAGCGUAUUCAGCUUAGUCCUGUAGAGCAUAUAGACUGCUUUGAUUAGGUCAUACAACUUUGCGCAGUUAUUCUAGCAACAUGUGUAUUCUGUUUUGAUGUCAGUUUAUUUGGCUUAAUGACAAAAUCACACUCUGUGAAUAACGAACUUUUAAAAAAUUUUGGCUAGCCUCUAUGGUCCAACUUUCGUUUUAUUAAGGUUUUGUAUAUUAUUCAUAAAUUAGUUAAUAAACUAAUGACAAGUCCGAUCAUAAAUGUUGUAAGCUUUUACUUGAAAUUCUGAUGAAGUGUAAGUCUAUUCAGAGUUUCAGUAUUAUUUCCUGAUAAACAAGAAACAACAUAUAAUUCCAAACAAAUUUCCUCUCAUCUAAUAAUAACAAACAAUAAGCAAAUAAUCAUAACUAGAAACGGUUAGAAAAGCAUACAUAUAGUAUACACUUGUUUAUUUUUCGUAAAUAAUGUCAAAAACAAUUUAGUUAAGAUUUUCAGUGACCAAUAUUUCCGAAUAACAUUAGGAUCACUUCAAUUUUUUUUUAAUAAUUUUUUUUGUCCCCCUUAAUCAAAAAAUUUUCAUCCCAUUUUCCAAUUUUUUUCAAUCCCUUUCGUCCAAUGAAAUUCCUAGUUGUAAAUGCGUUGUAAUUGGUUAUGUAAUUCUUGAAAUUCGUAUAAAAGCUCUGUACUUAUGGAUAUAGAUAAUUUUCUUCACAAUAUGGACGUCAGCAACGUGCAAAUUAGAGGCUCUGUUGUUCCUCACGUAGUCACAGAAACUGAAAAUGUAUUUUUGAAUACAUUGUAUCUGUUAGCGUUUCCAUCACUGGAAGCGUUAAAGAGCGCCAUUAGAACUUAUGAAAUAGCAACGUACUGCCAUUAUGCGGUGAGAGAUUCUCAUUUCCAUGGAGAUCGGAAGCCGUAUAUUAAAUUUGUAUGUUGGAGAAAGAGCUAUAAAACACCAAGCGUUUCUUCGCAGCCGAUUAGACGAAGGAGGUAAAUUGAUUAGUGUUAUUAUAUUGUUCAUUGAGGACUUCAAUGGACACACAAUGUCCGGCCUUCAUCCUUUGUAAGUUUCUUGAAGGUUAUUGGACUUGUUCGUGGGAAUGUGCAUCACAAUCACGAGUGCAAUUCCCUGAGGUACGACUGCAACACAUGGAUGCGCCGAUUAACGGGAGCGGAAUUUGAAUCAGUGAAGCCACUGCUGAUAUCUGGAACAUCAGCAUUCAAUGUGAUACACUACGCUUACCAAUCAUAUGGGAAACGUCUUACAGCUCAAGAUGUUUUCAAUAUGCGUUACAAAGUGUUCUCACAGGCCAACCUUCCUGGUGAUUACGGUAAGUUCACAUCACGUCACUUGGUGGCCUUUGUGAUUAUCAAUUGGAUGCAGAUCAUAGUCUGUUGUACUUCUUUUUCGCUACAGCAGACCAGAUCAAUCUGUGUAACAGGUUUUUAGAUGUUGUUGGUUUUGAUGGGACAUACAAAACCAAUAAUGAAAACAUGUUUCUUUAUCACGUGGUGGCUCUGGACAUGAAUUUCAUGGCAAUACCUGUUUGUAUUGCAUUUGUAAGUCGCGAAACAUCGACUUUGCUGUCCAGUUUCCUCUCGUUCUUCCGCCAAAUGAGUAACAAUAGAGAGGUUAUCGGUAUUGUUACUGACGAUUCACCUGCUAUAGCUGCUGCCAUAACGCAGGUGUAUCCCAAUUCACACCACCUUUUGUGCCGCGUGCACCUUCUUCGAAAUGUCAUCAAGAGGAGGCUACGAUCUGAUCUUCUUCAAAUGUUCUACCGUCUUAUGCUAACAAGAAAUGUGGAAAGGUAAAUCGAAAUAUGCUUUACAAUGUAUUGUAGCUUCCAACGGUAUGUGUCAUUUAUCGAAGCAGUAGACGGGAAUUUCUAUCAAUGUUUGAGAGAUCAGUUAUUGUCCAAAAAGCACAAGUGGUCGAACGCUUUUAGACCAGCUGCAAUGCUUCUAGAUCAAAGCAAUACAAAUUUCGUUGAGACGACCCAUCGAAUUUUAAAGUUGCAUAAGCUGAACAGAAAAACACCCGUGUUCAGAUCGAUAUUUAGUGUUCUGCUUCGCACUGGAUAUUGGAUAGAAGCUCGAGUUCAAAAGUACUCCAUUGAAUGCCGUAGCAGGGCUGUGCUGGGUCGCGAGCCUCAACUACGUCGUCUUCAGGAAACACUUACACCUGCUGCAUGUAAACUGCUUAAGCGGCACAUGCGCAUUCCUGUUACUGACUACGUAUUGUCGGGGGAGUUUUUCACGGCCGUUGAUACUACAGGAACUUACACAGUCUCCAAAAAUCUUAUUAGUUGUUCCUGUUUCUUUUAUGUAGAACACAGAGUCGUAUGUCGUUACAUCUUGGCAUAUUGUUCGCACGAUAAUGUCGAAGUUCACAGAGAAAGCAUUGGUGACAGAUGGCUGCAUUCCAACAGCUUCGUAACCGCAGUAACGAUUGACAAUGAAUUACAGGUACAAGUCGGGCAGACAAGCGUCCUAACAUCGAUUCACAACUUAUAUCGGCGUAUGUCCGCUGAACAGCGUACCGCUGUCCUUAACUAUUCUCAUCAGUUGCUUAACGAUGGAAUACCUACUACCAUCACAAUGCCCGUCGUCCGAAAUACCACAGGCACCAACCGUCAACAGAACGUAGAUUUGGAUGCUACCUUAAAUGAUGACGAGAUGGAAGUAAUAUCUAUGAACUCAGAAGAGUUCACGGACCGAGACAAUGAAGAAGACGAACGUGCGCACAAUGACCGACUGUGUGAUAUUUGCCAUCUAUGUCAGCCGCCCAGUGAACUAGCUGAUGGAAGUGCUUGGAUUUUUUGUCCAUGCAACGCUAUGUUUCAUUCGUUCUGUGCCUACGACCCAACAGAAGUAUCACCUGGGUUCAACUGUCCCAUGUGCGGCGCUGUCACGGACUCAUAGUGGAGUCAUCGAUCAGGACCGAAGGAGCUGUGUAGAGACCGAGUAAAGGCCCUUUUCAGGGCCACCCACAAUUUGAUUUAAAUUUUGUUUGAAUUUCUUGUUUCCAUUUUAAGGAGGAGUCAUGAAACCAUCAAUAAUUCAUUUCACAUUCAUAUGAUUUGGUCACUAGUUACAGUAGAGAAAUGUAGUAAGAUCAGUUCACUAGUACAACAAGAUCAUUUCUAUUGCUAAGGUCAAGUGAACAGACACUGAUCGGUCAUAGCAAUUCCAUAGUAAUAAAGCUGUAGAUUAAUAAUUAUCAUCGCUCACUUUAUUACCAUGCCAACAGCUUUCCAUGUUUUUCAAAUUUAAGGUUUCAGUGAACGAUUCCGUACAGAAAACAACGUCAUAUAAUGAACAUUAAUCUGUCGAACAAAAGUUUAUGCAAAGGUGUGUACGAUCAUUCCAAUCUCUUUUCACUUAGCUAAGGUAGACGAUUGUACUGAGAUCAGUUCAUUAGUACAACAAGAUAAUUUGUAUUAAGAAGGUCAAGUGAACAUACACUGAUCAUUCAUCACAAUUCCAUAGUAAUGAAGAUGUAAAAUAACUUUUUCUAGAUUAAUAAUAAUAAAGUGAUUAUCGAUCACUUUAUAAUUUUGUCAACAGCUUUUAAGGUUUUUCAAAUUUAAGGUUUCAG